ACCACACGUGCUGCACUUUGGGGAGAUUUACAUGUACAAUAAACAUCGGCUGUCAUAGUUCGUUGUCGUAGACGUCCUUACAAGUAUGGAUGUGGCACAUUGCUAUCUAGAUGGCAACGCCGAUGCCGUGGAGUUCUGCCCACAUGACCCUUUUCACCAUGUUCUUGCAGCUUCGACGUACACACUGCAAGAGGGUGAUCAACCCAGUCGAUCUGGUAGUAUAUCGCUCUUCGAUUUCAAUGCUGACGUGGGCUCCCUUGAUUUGUUUCAUCGUGUGGACACAGCCGGCAUCUUUGAUAUUAAAUGGAGCCCAGUUGGAGCUAAUAAUAUAGGUACACUGCUUGCUCAAGCAGAUGCCGAUGGUUACUUGAGGGUUCAUAGUCUAGAAUGCUCUUCAGAUGGAUCAAACUCUACAGGGAUUUUCCUGAAAGAGCUUAGUGAUGCACGAGUUAGUUCCUCCAUGUGCCUGUGCUUGGACUGGAAUCCCUCAGCAACGUCCAUCUCAGUGGGGCUUUCGGAUGGUUCAGUAUCAAUAAUAUCUUUUCUGGAAUCCCAACUAAAUAUACAACAAGAAUGGAAAGGACAUGAAUUUGAGUUGUGGGCGACUUCCUUUGAUAUCCACCAUCCACAACUGGUAUACACUGGUUCAGAUGACUGCAAAUUCAGUUGUUGGGAUUUGCGGGAUGGUCCGUCAAAGUUGGCAUUCCAGAAUGCCAAGAUCCAUAAGAUGGGCAUUUGUUGCAUUGCAAAAAGCCCUAGUGACCCCCAUUCCUUACUUACUGGUAGCUAUGAUGAGUACCUAAGGGUAUGGGAUGUGAGAUCAAUUUCAAAGCCCAUAAAUGAAACAUCUAUCUGUUUAGGUGGAGGAGUUUGGAGAAUUAAGCAUCAUCCCUUUGUACCAGGCCUAGUCUUGGCUGCAUGUAUGCACAAUGGGUUUGCAGUGCUCAAGAUUAAUGGGGAUAAACCCGAAGUGAUUGAAACUUACAGUAAGCAUGGGUCACUUGCAUAUGGAGCAGAUUGGCAGAGAGGUGAAUUGUUCCCGGAAGGAAAAAAGAUGAAUACUGCAAUAGCUACUUGCUCGUUUUAUGACCGUCUUCUUCGAGUAUGGAUGCCAGAAAGCGAAAUAGCAACGUGACUUGGUAACACAUUUCAUAGGCUGAGUUCAGAUGGGUUCAACAGUAAUGCGUUUGGGGGCCUAUAUAGCAUACUUGAUUGGAUAUUUAUUAGCUGUGAAUUUCGUGAGCCUUGUUAAACACGUACCAAAUCAGGUAUGGUGAUUUUGCGAGCUAUUUUACUUGUCCAGUAACUCUUUUUUUUUUUUAAUCUUGAGAUAUGUCUUUUCAUGUUGAAACAUUACAAGAACAUUUCUGGAAAGCAAGACAUAUCGAAUGAUAUAGCAUUGAUUUCAAAUUCA